AGUUCUGGACAACGAUCUGAGGAUGUUUUCAAAAGCUCCAGCCCGAUUUCUACUAAUCUCAGGUUUUUGGGGCUGGCAUCACUCACAAGGCCGGACGAUGUUGUCCCGUCCUUGAUGCUGAGCUUGGGAGGGAGCUGGAUGACCGCAAACUUAAGCCUGGAGUUUAUCAAUCUUCCAUUGGUGUGGACGACCGCUCUUUGCAGCGCUUGCAUCGCCGGGGCUUCUAUGCUCGCCAACGAUUGCUACGAUCACAGCAAUGGGACCGACGCCCUCAACAAGCGAGAGUCAGCGCUCGAGAGUGGCCAAUUGGAAGUAGCUCACGUUGCAUUGGCUAGUGGAUGUAUCUAUGGCGCCGCUUUGCUGGGAGCUUGUUACUUGGAGACUCUAAAUGCGAGGCUUUUGGUCGCCACCUCGGCUUUGAUAACUUUCAUCUAUACACCUUUGUUCAAGAAGGUGACGAUAGUGAAGAAUUUGGUGGUGGCAGCUGUGGUAGCGAGCUCUAUUCUCGCUGGAGGCUUGGCAAUCACAGGAGAUGCUGCAAGUUUUCCGAUGAGAACUUACGCCUCCACUCUCUACCUCUUCUUCUCGAUUUUGGGGCGUGAGAUUCUCAUGGACGUGAAAGAUGUGGAUGGGGAUCGAGUCACAGGUGUGAGAACUCUCCCGGUUAUGUUUGGAAGGAAGCUUGGGAUAGUUUUAUCCGGAGCAUGCUCGCUGGGAGCAAAUAUUUUCCUGGCAAAGCUUUUGUGGUCCAACUCUUCACACUUUGUGUUGCUCAUUGCGAUGGUGAACUCGUUUCCAAUGCAUUUUAAGCUGCUUAAACUACUCAUGUUUAGCAAUGGCGAUGCUAAUGUGGAAAGCUUGGUCAAGCUGGAUACAAAGUUUACUAUGGCAUUUGGUCUCUUCCUCCUCGCCAUAGCAGUAUAAAGUAAUUCAAUUAACUAAUGUUGUAAGAGAGAUCCACAAACUUUAUCGGUCA